AACUUGUGUGUGUUUCUACCUUGCGAGCGAGUCAUACACACUAGGGGAUUAGUCUCGCUUCGAUGAGGACACCUCCAGAUUUGAGAGUGAGUGUUAGAUAGUCAAUGCAGCAGCCUAAACGUGGGGAAUUUAUUCAAUAUCCUCUUUAAACUCAACAAACUCUCUUUUGCGAAGAGAUUGAAAUUUCGGAGCACGAGCAGUUUAUUGGAGACGAAAAAACAACGCUUAUUUUAUGUGGAAUUGUUGUGCCCUUUCUUAUGGAAAGCCCUGGGAAGAUGCAGAAGUCGCUAUCCUACGCGUAUUCUAUGAUGCUACGAAGAAGAUGGUUUUAUGAAGAACAGCAGGUUAUCAAUGCGAGAGAGGGUGGAAAUCCUGUUCAGGAAAUUUCAAGGAUCGCUGUAAACGGUAUGCGCAAAUUUUAUUUGAACUCUUAUUUAUUUUUUAAUUAGUUAUUCCUCUUGUUAAUAUCAAUACAAUAUUUAUAUUUGUUUCUUCAAAAUUAAGAAAAGCAUCUUAGAUAAUAAAUCUAAUAAAUAAUAUUGCUGUGAACGUUCCUAAUUAUUAUAAAUUAAGUGAAGAAUUCAACUAAGACGAUAAGCCCAGUAACAUACAUCAAUUGCCAUCACUAUUCCGUGUGGAAUUGUUCUGCCCUUUCUUAUGAAAAGCCCUGCGAAGAUUCAGAAGUCGCUAUCCUACGCGUAUUCUAUGAUUCUACGAAGAAGAUGGUUUUACGAAGAACUGCCGGCUGUCAAUGCAAGAUCAGGCUUUUUAAGAGGUUGCAAUUCCUUGUGACUCAAAAUUUCGCUUCAUAGCAUCACUAUAACGGCCGGGCAAAUUUUGCAUCGAGAAAUCUUUUCUGUAAGAAGCUAUUUUGUUUUAUCAUAACAAUUUAAUAAGGUGUACUAUAUUUUUGAUUUAUUAUUUUGCUCCCUUCUUACGUUUUCAGCCUGAUUGAGAGCGCUCGUUAAUAGCGCUAUCAAAAUGAGUAAACCUACUCCUACAACUGGCCUUUCGAGCCUGCCCCUCGAUCUACUUAUACGCUACAUCGAUAACGUUUUGUCGGGUAUCAUUAACCAGGGCUUGGGCUGCAAAAUAAUUGACAGUGGAACAGAGCUAAGGGAUUUAGUACAACCUGUUGCCUCAGACUUUUCUAAAUUGUUUGAUGGCAUUUCAGAUGCUGCAAAAAUGUUCUCGGAUCAGAAAUUCUUGAAAUCCCAGCUUUCUACCGAGGCACAUUCAGUGGCAGUAGACGUAUUGAAAGGACUGGGGAAUGCACACUGGGUUGCAGUGGGGCUUUUGGCGAUAGCUAAUGUUUUAGAAAGAUUCGACAAUAUUUCUGCAAAUGACAGAGAAUGCAUAGACCUUCUUAAAGCUAUGCUUAAGCUGGGUAAAUACUUGAAACAGAUGAAAGAUAUCAGUGCUGAUUUGCACAAAGAGACUUCAGAAUGUAUGAGCGAAGCUGUCAAAUUGAUAGUUUCUGGUGCGAUUUUGUGUUGUUCCUUUAUCACAUCGAAUAAACUAUCCAAGUUCCUGUUGACUAGGAAGAUCCGCGAUGAACUUGUCUAUGUUCGGGGGAAAGUAGAUUCUAUGAAAGCGGAUCUGAUGCUUCAAAUGCAAGUUCUGACCAUUACGACAUUUACCUCCUAUCAUCGGCAAAAUAAUGUUACAGGUGGGAAAGAGGAUAAUAAUUUUCUUAGAAUAACAGACCAAGACCACUCCGAGCAAUCCAAAGACACGAACACUGAGAUUGAGGAGAGUUGUGAAACAGAGCUCGAAGGAUCAGAGUCAGACACGGUUUCUUCCGAGGGACAACAUAAUUAUAGUGUGGUAAAUGAGCCCGAACUACUCAAAAGACCGCUAAGUAGCUCUCUCGGGCUGGGUAGAUUUCUUAAAAAGAAGAUUCCAACAAUAUUUGGACUCCAAAAACCUUCAAUUGAGUUCAAAUGCGACGAAUUGAAGCGGGCAACAAAGGGGUUUACAAAAGAUUCCAACAAUAUAGAAUCAAUAAUGUUGGUGAAGGAGAUCCAAACAUUUCCAAUUGAGUUCAAAAGCGACGAAUUGAAGAGGGCAACAAAAGGGUUUACGAAACAAAUAGGCGAAGGUGGUUUUGGGAGAGUUUAUUAUGGAAUUCUGUCUGAUGGAAAACGAGUUGCAAUAAAGAAGUCGAGCAUAGAAAGUCGUCAAGGCAAAAUAGAGUGGAUGAACGAGCUGACGACUCUAUCAAAGCUAUGCCAUCGAAACAUCAUAGAGUUGGUGGGUUACUGCUCUGAAGAAGAUGGGAUGUUAGUCUACGAUUACCUCCCACGAACCCUGUCAAGCGUGAUUUUUGGAGAAAAUGAGAUGAUUAUGGACUGGCCAAAAAGACUCAAGAUUAUAUUGGACAUAAUAAGGGGACUCGCAUAUCUUCACGAGGGUGCAGAUGCGUGUAUAGUGCACAGAGACGUUAAACCCAGUAACAUUCUUCUGGAUGAAAAUUUCAAUGCCAAGAUUUCUGAUUUUGGUUUAGCUCGAGUAAUGAGAUCGGAUCACGUCCAAUAUGUCAACAUGGAGGUUUAUGAAAAUGGCUUGUUGUUUCUAAAGGAUGCAACUAAUUUUAUUAGCCAUGAAUCAACCCGUGUUGCUGGAACACUGGGUUAUAUGGCUCCUGAGUAUGCUCUUCGUGGUCGUCUAAGUACGAAAUCAGACGUUUACAGCUUUGGAGUCACGCUGUUAGAAAUCGCCUCUGGCAGAAAAAUUAUUGAUACCACAUUCGAUGGCCGGAUGCUCGUCGAGCAUGCGUGGAGGUUAUAUGAAAAGGAUCGGCUUCAUGAGCUAAUCGACCCUCGAUUGCUCAGCACCGACGGUUUAAUUUAUUCAAGCAGCGUGUCAAGAACAGUUAAGAUAGGUCUUUGCUGCACUCAUUGUGACUACGCAAGACGCCCAUCGGUGUCACGAGUGUUAGCAAUGCUUUUAUCAGAAGAAAAGAUUCCAAAUCUCAGCUGAGAAGAUGCACCCUUUUCAGAUUUAAGCAUGAGUCACUCAACUAUGCUGAGUGGUGAGUCUGUGGAUUCGAGUUACGUGAGAGGUGAGAGUUUUCACACAGAUAUGCUGAACGAGGAGAGUUGUGAAUAUUGAAGAGCCAGACACAGAAAACGUUACUCGCAUCUUUUAAGAAAUUUAGGUUACGUUUUCAUUUCAAUUUAAAUUUCAAUAAAUUUAUUCUUCUACAAUUCAGUCUUCUCGAAGUUAUAGAAGAAUGUAAGAAAGACCAACAUCUAUUUUGCGUGUAACAAUCAAAGUUUAAUUAAAUUUAUAAACAAUUUAAUUU